CACACGCGCGUAAGAAAACGAACUUCGACCAUGAGUACCGUUACCUGUAUCGCACCCGUUAAUAUUGCGGUUAUUAAAUAUUGGGGAAAAAGAGACGAGUCCUUAAUUUUACCAACCAAUGAUUCUAUAAGCGCUAGUCUGGAUACGGAUCAGAUGCAUGCAAAAACCACCGUCAUGAUCAGCGCCGACUUCAAAGAGGAUUGUAUUUGGCUGAACGGAAGAGAGGAGAAUAUAAAAAAUCCAAGACUUCAAAACUGCUUGAAAGAAAUUAGAAAACGGUCGCAACUGCCCGAUUACAUGAACAAUUGGAAGAUUCACGUCUGUUCUGAGAACAAUUUUCCAACCGCCGCAGGUUUGGCUUCCAGUGCUGCGGGAUACGCGUGUCUCGCGGUGGCAUUAGCUAAACUUUAUAAAAUAGAGGGAGACAUAAGUGUGCUAGCGCGUUUUGGUUCUGGCUCGGCGUGUCGCAGUAUAAUGGGUGGUUUCGUGAGAUGGCACAUGGGCACGGACGAACACGGAACCGACAGCCUGGCGAAGCAAAUCGCGCCAGCUUCUCACUGGCCGGAGAUGAGGAUCUUGGUGCUGGUUGUGGACGAUAAACGAAAAAAAGUUCCAAGCGCAAUCGGCAUGAAACGGAGUUUGGAAACGUCCGAUCUGCUGCGUCACAGGAUAACAAGUGUAUUUCCGGAUAGAGCUGACAGAAUGCAACGGGCGAUCAUCGAGAAGGAUUUCAAGACCUUCGCCGAACUCACCAUGAAGGAUUCCAACCAGAUGCACGCUGUUUGCCUGGACACAUAUCCUCCGUGUGUUUAUAUGAACGAUGUUUCUUACAGCGUCGUAAAUCUUGUGCAUUCUUAUAACGACGCGACGAACGAUACGAAGAUCGCGUAUACUUUCGACGCCGGACCUAACGCCACGUUGUACUUAUUAGAGAAGGAUGUUCCCGCACUUGUAGGCGUUCUGGAUUAUUUCUUCCCCCCUCCUGAAAAUGUCACGGUCGAAUACAAGAGAGGAUUGCCUGUUGAAGGAAUCAAACCUUCACAAAGCUUGCUGGAGAAAUUAGAUGUCCAGAAGCGUCCACUGGGCCAUUUUAAGUACAUUAUAUGUACCAAGGUAGGAAAUGGACCCAAGUGUCUCACGAGUGUACAAGAUCGUCUGUUAGAUGGUCAAGUUUAUUUUUUACGUAAAGAGAGAGAUACCUACGUGGGACGUUUUGUGCUAAAUAUUUUUGCAAAGGAGCGAAAAUAUAUAUACUCAUAUCGCAUAAAAACCGAACUAUUUCACCGAUACACAACCACGUAUACACGUGUAUGUUACGACGUGACAUGUCACUUUUUAACUUGGAGAUAGUGCUUCUGAAAGGUA